AGAGAGAGAAAUAGAGAGAGAGAGGACGUUAAGAGAGGCUGAGAGAGGGAGAGAGACCAAAGAGAGAGAAACUACUGCCACAGACUGGGAGUAGUUUGUGCUAUUGGGACUGAAACAGACAAAUAUAGAAACAAAGGGGCAAGAAAGAGGUCAAGAGAAGAAAAAGGGGACAAGUUAACAGCCACUUGGCUUCAUCAUGCCAUUUUAAAUUUGGCUUUUGUCCAAGGAUUAACUGAAAGAAGAAAUUACCUUUGGGAUGUGAAGUGUUUUCGUAUAAACCAAGAGAGAAAAACAAGAGGGACCUGGAUCCUGCAGCCACCUGUGACUCAGCAGCUCUGAGGACCAGUUGCUCUUGACUACUGACUAAGGAUCAACUUGCUGAUCUUUUAAAUUCUAACUCAGCAUCAUCAUCUGACUCACCUGGCUUAACAAAUUUAGCAAAGCAGAGAAGUUGGGGGUAAAGUAACAAGGGGUGGGAGCUUUUCGUCAGUAGCAUCGACAGACGAAAUUUGCUAAGCGACUUCCGAGAAGCAACUUUCAAACCUCAACAAGUGGAAACCUCACAAGGAUUGACCAGUAGCUGUCAAAGCCUUGUUGCGGUGAAGAUGACAUUCGCCAUGCUGCGCACGGCGCCUCCCACAGGCCGCUUCUUGUACGGCGACAUCGCCCUCCUCUCCGAAGACGACGAUGAGAACGGGAGCGAGGGGUCAGGCUCCGAGGAGCGUACCACCAACUCCUCCAACUCUGCUGCCUUCCGCCUGUCCUCCUCGUCGCCAUCUGCCUUUCACAUCAAGAUGAACAGGAAGAGGAAGCUGUGCGCAGGAAUAGCGGGCCCAGGCGUAGAUGUAGGGACCAUGAUGGGGAGGCUUGGCCCCCCGGGGUCCCCUCCCCCUGGAGAGGGUCGCCAAAGGACCGCAGCCAACGCGCGGGAGAGAGAUCGCACCAAUUCUGUCAACACAGCAUUCACAGCGCUGCGCACACUCAUCCCCACUGAGCCUGCGGACAGGAAGCUGUCGAAGAUCGAGACGCUACGCUUGGCCAGCAGCUACAUCAGUCAUCUGGGGAACGUCUUGCUCCUGGGCGAGGGGCUUCAUGACGGACAGCCGUGCCACGCUCCCUCGCCACCGUUCUUCCACGUUAACUCCUCCCCCCCCAGAGGAUCUGACCAAUCAGCUCAGCCAAAGCACAUCUGUACUUUCUGCCUCAGCAACCAGAGGAAAAUGAACAAAGACAGAGACAGGAAGACGGCCAUCAGAAGUUAACAAUGAGGACACAAACCACACGGAUGAGAUGCUCGUCACUUUGAUGGGGCUUUCAGUGAUUUUACAAUUACUGCAACUUGAAGACUCAUCAGACUUGCGAUGCAUUUCAAAGACCUUUGAAGGACUUCUUUAGCACUUCCAGGACUUUUCAUGGAACUUUAUCAAACCUUUCUUCUUCUUUUUUUACUUUUUAUAUUGCUUUACAAGAACUUUUUUUUACUUUUUAGGGUGUUUUCAAAUAUGUUUGAGACACUUCUGAAAAGGUGAACAGUACUUUUAAAGGGCUUUCACAUGAUUAUCAAGACCAUGAAGAACCUUUCAACAACACUUAUAAGAGACUUUUUACUGUAUUGUUCAAAGACUCAGUGACUCUUUGUUCAGAGUCUAAGGAACUUAUGGCACAUGAUUGAAAAACACACAGAACUUAUGAAAGACAAAAUUUGUAUUCAUCAAAAGCUGUGUGUUAUUAAACUGAAAUAUAAAUGUAUAUUUAUGUGACAUAACAUUAUAUAAUGAAACUAUGUUAUUUAACCGGCAUUGACAUUCAUGACAAAUGAUGAAAGGUAUGAAGGUGCAUAACAUUGGCUAUUGACACAAUUUAUGGCAUCACAGAAAACAUGCUGGAACUUUUGUGGUAUUGGUUAUGUUUAAUAAUCCGUUCUGAAAAUGUCGCAAUGCUGGAAAAUAACUCAAGAUGACCAAUAAAUUGUUUGUAUAUCUGGGAGUUCAUUUUUCUGUUGGUGGUAUUUUGAGUCUAUUGUAUUCUCAAACGCUCCCCAGUU